AUGACCUCCUUCUCGGAACACCAACUGGACCAAUUGAGGAAACUCCUGGAAACCGAGUUCGACAAGAGAUGGGGAAAAUUCAUCGAGCACGUGGACGGUCGUAUGAAGACCGUCGAGACUGAAAUUUCGAAGAUACAGAUGGAAAACAAAAGCCUAAAAACCAGAAUCAAUACGUUGGAAUCUCUGGCAAUGAGAAAUAGGAUCGAGAUUCAGGGUUUUCCUCAAGAGUCGAAACUGGAUGGUCGGGAGAUCACCAAGAGACUGGCGAAGCAAGCUAAGUUAGAACUUGGAGAUGAUCAAAUCCUCUUUGCAAUGAGGACAGGUCCGGUGAGAACCAUAAAGGGGGUCUCCUCCCAGACUAUUAACGUGGAAUUCUCCACAAUCGCCCUGUGUGACCAAUUCAUGAGCGGUAUAAAGACUCUCAGGGAGAGCCGGCCUGCCAAACAGCUGGACUCCAAACUGAUCAGCACUCGGGCGAACCCUCAACCAAUCUAUGUUAGCAGAAAGUACUCAAACGAAGUUAAACGCCUGCGCUCGUUAGCAAUGCUCAAGAAGAAAUCUCUGAAGUACGAUUAUUGCUGGAUUAGCGAUUCAGGAAAACUAUGUAUGAGAAAAAGCACCGGAAGUCCAGUGAUUUUCAUCUCAAGCGAGGAAGACAUCCUACAGCUCAAAUGA